AUGAAGACUCUACAAGACUGCAAGACUUGUUCGUUGCGCCGCAUUCGCUGCGACCGUACUACCCCGCAUUGUCUGAAGUGCACGGGACGAGGACUGUCCUGUCCUGGAUACAAACGCCAGAUCCGAUGGGUCAACUCGAUUGCGAGUCGUGGCAAGUUCAAGGGAUUUUCAGCACCUACUCUUGAACCAGCCACUCCUCAGUCUCCAGAAGCUGUUCCUAGCACAAUCCAAUCUCGCACUCUUGCCCAAGACGGACUCGAUGAGCCAUCCCAAGAAGCGGUGAAUCAGUUGUUAGAAUAUUUUACACUGGAGCUCGCCCCGAAGAACGUAUGGGUGCACACACCAGAAAAUGGGUACACGCGCCUCGUUGUUCGCCUGGCGCAUACACAGCCUGCCCUACGGUAUGCUAUCAUUGGGCUAUCGGCAGCUUAUCAAAGCUAUGCGUCAGCCAGCACAACAAGCGGGUUCUCACAAAAAGCUCAUCUCAAGGCUAUCACAUUAAUCACUGAUCAAAUCCGAACGUUGACUAGCAUGGAAACCAAUGGAAAGCACACAAUACCUACAGGGCUCCAAGAAGCUACCGAUGCAGUACUUGCGGCUACCCUCGUGAAUCACCACCGCCUCGACAUCGUCAAAUAG